AUGACUUCUAAAAUCUCAUGGACUUCUAAAUUUCAUGUUUACCCAGGAAGCACCAUGGCAUGUGCUGCUGUCAUAGUUCCUGGGUUGUUGCGAAGCUCUGUUGGCACCAUCUGCGCUCAGGCUGCUUCGCUGAGAUUGACGUCCGGUGCUUUGCGCCACCUUACUCUCACAAGCAUAAUGAAAUCCAAAAGGAAAACUGAUCACUUGGAGAGAACUGCAAAUGUCAUUCGACGGGAGGUCGUGUCAGCCGCUAAGGUUUGUGGGGCUGCUGCUGAGUCGCCAUCAGUGAAAAGGCUCCACCUGCUUGUUGCUGAUAAAGAUUUUUCUUUUAAAGCUGGCCAGUGGGUUGAUUUCUUUAUCCCAGGAGUCUCUGUGGUUGGUGGGUUCUCAAUAUGCUCCAGCCCCAGACUGCUAAAACAAGAGAGGAUGAUAGAAUUGGCAGUGAAAUAUGCGAACCACCCCCCUGCUGUCUGGAUUCACAAUCAGUGUACCCUUGACUCUGAAGUGGCCGUGAGAGUGGGUGGAGAGUUCUUCUUUGACCCUCAGCCUGCAGAUGCCUCUAGAAACCUGGUGUUGAUUGCAGGAGGAGUCGGAAUUAACCCUCUGCUGUCCAUCCUGCGGCACGCGGCAGACCUCCACAGAGACCGGGCGAACAAAGGAAGCGGCUAUGAGGUCGGAACGAUAAAGCUCUUCUACAGUGCAAAAAAUACCAGUGAACUCCUGUUUAAGCAAAAUAUCCUCGAUUUAGUAAAUGAAUUUCCUGAGAAGAUUGCGUGCAGUUUGCAUGUUACCAAACAGACUACACAAAUCAGUGCAGAACUGCAGCCAUACAUCACGGAAGGAAGAAUAACGGAGAAGGAGAUAAGAGAUCAUAUUUCAAAAGAGACUUUGUUCUAUAUUUGUGGCCCACCUCCAAUGACAGACUUUUUCUCCAAGCAACUGGAAAACAGCCAUGUUCCCAAAGAACACAUUUGCUUUGAGAAGUGGUGGUAG